AUGCUGGCUGGUAGUACCGCGUACGUUCCGUUAGGCAAUGAAUACCUUCCUGUCCAAGCGCUACCACAUGUGAAGCCUCGCGCUUUGAUAGUGGUAGCUGAUGGCAGUGAAGAACUUGAAACGUUGGUCUUGUCCGAUGUUUUAAUCCGUGGAGGUCUUCAUGUCACUAUUGGAUCGGUUGGGCGAACCCAAAACAACAUUAUAAUGGGCAAUCAUGGUCUGCGCAUUCUAGCCGAAAAGCCUAUUGAAGAGUGCAGUUUCGAGAAUUUUGAGAUUCUUGUAUUGCCUGGGGUGAGUUUAUCAAUGAACAAGCUGCUUAUUGAAUGGUUCGAACUAAUGGUCUGCUUUGUGCUUGUAAAGGGCGAUGGAGCUAGCCACUUGCGGGACUCGGACCUUGUAAUUAAAAUGUUAUUAUGGCAGAAACAGGCUGGACGCUGGAUUGCGGCAUGUUCUUCGGCACCCGCGGUGGUACUUAACCCGCAUGGGUUGCUAGGUGAACGAGCUACCUGCUCAAUUGCAAACGAGCCCGAAAUGACGCGCGAAUUUGUGAACGAAGAUGUUGUCGUGGAUACUCGCUGCGUCACAUGCCAGGGCCCGGGUGUAGUGCUGAAAUUUGCUCUGACGCUGGUCAAGCUUCUUAACGGAGAACACGCAGCUAAAAAAGCUGCGACGGAACUUCUGUAUCCUUGGCCUUAG